AUGUCCAAUACCGUCCACGCCCUGACUGCCAGCGGCAACGCCAACAUUCACAUCGGCAACAGGCACUAUUAUAACCAUGGGGAUGAUCACUGCCUUUCCGACCUACGAACCACCGAUCCACGCGAUGACAAGAAGCGCAUCGAGGGCGCAAGAGGCGGCUUGGUGAAGGACUCAUACCGCUGGAUCCUCAGCCAUGACAAUUUCCGAAACUGGCGCGACGAUCAACAUCGUAACCUGCUCUGGAUCAAAGGCGACCCCGGCAAGGGCAAGACCAUGCUGUUUUGCGGCCUCCUUGACGAAUUGGGACCGACCACACGAUUAGUAGAUCAAGAAGCCAAAACAUUGCUGUCCUACUUCUUCUGCCAGGCCGCCGACUCGCGCAUCAACAGUGCCACGGCCGUGCUCAGGGGCCUUAUCUACCUUCUUGUGGUACAGCAAGAUUCACUGGCUUCGCAUGUCCAGAAGAGAUACAAAGAUGUAGGGAAGCAACUCUUUUCGGACGAGAAUGCGUGGGUGGCCCUACAUGACAUCUUCAACAACGUGUUGAGUGAUCCAAGCCUGGAAGAGACAUACAUCAUGAUCGACGCCCUUGACGAAUGCGUAGCUGGUCUCCCGGACCUACUCAACCUCAUUGUCAAGAGCACAUCUUCCCGGGUCAAGUGGAUCGUCACAAGCCGCAACUGGCCAAGCAUCGCGGAGCGGCUGGAUGUUGCCACGGAAGUGACGAGUCUGAGCCUGGAGCGCAACCAAGAGUUCAUCUCAGCAGCUGUCGAUUCAUACAUUCAGCACCGGGUCCAGAAACUGGCGGUUCGGAAGAAGUACAAUGACAAGACAAAGGAGGCUGUCAGAGAUUACUUGUCCUUAAAUGCCAACGAUACCUUCCUUUGGGUGGCCUUGGUGUGUCAGGACAUCAAGGAAUGUUCCCGCCGCACUGUACUCUCGGCACUGAAGGCCUUUCCACCCGGGCUCGAUUCCUUGUAUGAGAAGAUGGUAGACCGAAUUCGUCGCCUAAACAAGGACGACGCCAAGCUUUGUUACGAGAUCCUCGCCAUCGUGACAGUUGCAUAUCGCCCACUCACGUUAGUCGAACUUGCUUCACUUGUGCAGCCUCCAGAGGAGGAGUCUGACGACGAGGAGUUCCUGGAAGAGGAUAUAGAGCGUUGCGGCUCUUUCCUCGCUGUCCGAGAUGGGAUAAUCUACUUUGUGCAUCAGUCAGCCAGAGACUACUUGAGGGACCAAGCAGCAUCCACUGUGUUCCCCUCUGGCCUUGGGGUGGCCCAUCACAGGGUAUUCCGACAGUCGCUCAUUGCCAUGCAAAAGUGUCUCCGAAGAGACAUCUACAACCUUAGCCACCCCGGAAUAUCAAUCGAUAACAUCCAGGCGCCAUGGCCAGAUCCACUUACACCAGUGCGAUACUCCUGUGUCUAUUGGGUGGAUCAUGUCUGCGAAGCCCAGCCCGAAGAUGAUCUCCUUGACGAACGUGCGGCCCACAGAUUCGUUCAGGCAUUCUUUCUUCAUUGGCUUGAGGCCUUGAGCCUCUGCCGGGCCAUAUCUGAUGGUGUUCAUGCCGUGACGAAGUUGGACAGGUUGCUAAGAACAUCGCCCAGUAAUUCCUUUCUCUCGUUAACCUCAAACGCACGUCAGUUCAUUCUCCACAAUGGACCUCUGCUCAAGGAUGCACCACUCCAAACCUAUGUCGCAGCCCUUUUGUUUGCUCCCGUCAGCAACACGAUACGAGAGUCGUUCAAGAAGGAGGAACCACGAUGGGUAACAAUCAAACCUGAAGCAUACCAGGUCUGGACCCCUCUGGUCGCAACUCUCGAUAAUCACCAUAACUCCAUCCGCUCUCUGGCAUUUUCCCCAGACGGAAAGAUGCUGAUAUCCGGGUCAUACGACAGGACUGUCAAGAUAUGGGAUAUCGCCACAGGCGACCUUGGCCGAUUGAUUAAGGGUCAUGACGAUAACAUUAGGUCGGUGGCCUUUUCGCCUGAUGGCAAGCUCAUGGCCUCCGGAUCACGCGAUAAGACUAUCAAAAUCUGGGAUGUUGCCACAGGCGCACUGGCACGCACCCUCAAGGGUCAUAGGAGUGGGGUUGGGUCGGUAGUCUUCUCGACUGGUGGCAGUCUCGUUGCAUCUGGGUCCGAGGACAAUACCAUCAAGAUCUGGGAUGUUUCUUCAGGCAAGGCUAUGAAAACACUCAAAGGCCAUACUGGCUCGGUUUGGUCAGUGACGUUAUCGGCUGAUAGCAAGCUCUUGGCGUCCGGUUCAGAUGAUACCAGAGUGAAGAUCUGGGAUGCUACGACAGGCAAGGUCAGACAGACAUUCGAGGGCCAUUGGAAUUCCGUCCGUUCAGUGGCCUUCUCAAUGGACGGCAGGCUCGUUGCAUCUGGCUCAAGCGAUGGAACUAUCGGGAUCUGGGAUACCACUAUCAACAGAGAACGUCGGACAGUGGGAGCACAUGGCAAGGACGUUACGUCGAUGGCGUUUUCGCCCAACAGAAAGCUCAUGGCCUCCGGUUCAUAUGAUGAGACUGUGAAGAUUUGGGAUACCGCUACGGGAGAGGUGAAGCAAACCUGUAAGGGCCACACUAGCCUCAUUACAUCGGUGGCAUUCUCGGCCGACAAUGCGCUCGUGGCAUCUGGGUCGUUCGAUAUGACUACUAUUAUAUGGGAUGUUGGAACAGGAAAAAGGCUCCUUGUGCUAACCGGGCACACAAUUUUGGUUUUCUCAGUGGCCUUCUCAAGAGACAGCAAGCUGGUGGCUUCAGGGUCAGAACUCGGUACUAUCAAGAUCUGGGACACUAAGACUGGUGGCAUCAAGAAGACCUUUGAGGGCCAUGGUCGUACACAAUCGAUAAGCUUUUCUAACAACGGUAAGCUUAUAAUUUCUGGGUCAGAUGACGGAACUGUUAGGAUUUGGGAUCUCACAGCAGGCACAAUUUUGCAGACUCUGAUCGGCCAUGGGGACGGGGUCAGGUCAGUGUCAUUCUCGAAUGAUGAUAAGCUUGUUGUGUCUGGAUCAGAUGACAAGACUAUCAGGAUCUGGGACAUUGCCACCGGCAAGGUCAUGAGGACAUUGGAGGGCCACUACUCCAGAGGCCCCUUGGUCUCUUUCUCGCCUGAGCAUACGCCCACAGGCUAUGGCGUAAAUGUCGAUGGAUCUUGGAUCACUGCCUGGGAUGGAUGGGAGAGACGCAAUCUGUUAUACCUGCCUCCCGAUAUCCGGCCAUCGUCGUGUGCCACUUCAGGUUCGGCUCUGGCUAUCGGUUGCCCUUCGGGCCGCGUCCUGUUUUUUACAUUCAUUAGUCAGUAUCUGUAG